AUGACGGAGUGGUGCUGCGUCGGCAUAACUUCCCUGCUUAAGUCUCCAGAUUUCAAAUGCGAUCCAUCAUCCUUCCUGACUUUACACCUAUUGACUCUACGCAUGGUCAAGUUCUCGACGUGUUCCCCAUCUGAAUUGGGGCACCCUCGACUCAGAGCAAAUCUUUUGAAGGGAUUUCAAUUCACCUCCCACCCUCCUCCUUGUUUCGGGAAAGAGAGUCGAUGGAAUGCAGAGGCGACAUUUGGUGCGCUCUUUCCACCGGCUGUAAUAAUGUCGACGGAUGUUAAUGGGUACUUGGCGCCCAUCUUUCAGCGCCCCAUUUUGAAUUCAUUUCUGCACCGCUGGUCAGAGGCUAGAAGGUCCAACGUCAACCAGGCCGCUGUUACGCCGUAUUCUAAUCGUAGAUACACCGAUUUCUAUGAAAACCUCUGGAUGCGUGGGGCGUUUGUGGACUCUUCUACGUCUGCUUUCCGUUCGCUUGCGACCCGCCGCAAGACCAAUUUCCCGUUCUUCCAGUUGCUUUGCUUGACUUUUUCAUUAUACACGUCCCUUGCUUCCAUCAAAGCGCGGCGUUGUUAUGAAUACACCCGAGAGGGUUCGGAAUAA